AUGUAUCACCUGGCCAAGUCGCUGUAUACGUACGCGACCAGCAAAGAAGAGUACUCCGUCCUCCUCCUCGGCCUAGAUAACGCCGGCAAAACCACCCUCCUCUCCCAAAUAAAAGCCCUCUACCAACCCCGUCCAGAAGGCACCCCUGCGCCGAACCCGGGCAAGACCGUCCCCACCGUCGGCCAGAAUGUCGCAACCAUCUCCUUAUCAGAUAUGAACCUGAAGAUCUGGGAUGUAGGCGGUCAAAUCUCCAUGCGCGGUCUCUGGCAAAGCUACUACUCGAGCUGCCACGCGAUCAUCUUCGUGGUCGACAGCGCCGACGUAGGCCAAGAUCCAGAUAUCACCCGACUUCCAUCCGCCUCCAGUCGACGCCCGAGCUCCGUAUCAGGUCCGACGCGAGGGAGUAUCGGUACAGGCGAGCAAUUCUCCGAACUCACAGUCGGUAUUAAUGCGCCGGGGAGUGAUUUCGGACGUUUAGACGAGUGUCGACAAGUUCUAGAGUCAGUGCUGCAGAGUGCCGACGUGGCAGGUGUUCCGAUCCUCAUUCUGGCCAACAAGCAGGAUCGCGAAGAUUGUGUCGAAGUCGUUCGCAUCAAAGAGGGCUUUGUGAGGAAAGUUUUCGAGGGAGAGACGGGGAGCGGCGUUCGAGAUAGCCGCGUGCUGCCGGUCAGCGCGCUUCUUGGAUCGGGCGUGCAGGCUGCCGUCGAGUGGGUGCAGAGUCGUGUGCGAUGGAAUAAGGAGGGCCGGCCACCGGUGAUGCGGUGA